AUGACAUCUGCUGUCAAUAUCCUAUUGGAUGCUAUCUACAUCGUCGUAACCUACGUUCUCCCGCUCAUACUCACAUUCCAUACUACGUAUGAGUCCAAUGAAUUGAGCAGGCACAUCGCGAAGGGCUACAGCGACAUGGAAGCGCUACAGUUCAAGGGUUCACAGGUGAUUAAAUCGGAGGACUACCUUCGCCAGUUGGAGGAGGUUAUGCAUAUAAAUCUCAAAAUAUGCGCAUUGUCUUUGUCGAAGUGCAUGAUGCGGACGCAAAUAUCGAUAUACUGGUGCGUUUAUUGGCUCUCAGUCACGGUCUUGGAGCAGUUUCUGUAUCCUUGCCUCCGACGCAAGAUGCUGUAUGCAAGCAUAAAUAUAAAUGCAGCCAGUUGGAGGACGAUACAAACGAUGGUGACGUUGGCACUUCUAAUACACACGUACGAGCACCCGGUAGAGCGGGGGAAACCAUUGCGCGAGCGCAACAAGGACCGGUUCUGGAGUAUCCAGUCGAUGCUAAUGAAAGUACAUGACUGCUGUCUCAAUUGGGUGUCCGCGGCACUCGACAGAGCCAACGUGAGCUGCACACCUGCGCAGAUCUCGGCCUUGGUUGAAAAGGGGAACAGGAUUCUCGCCGUUGAACAACACAAGUACUUUGACCGCGGCCUUGCCUUGGAGGCUCUGACAAAACCUCACACAGGCGAGAAAACCGUGCUUGUCAUGGACACACAGAUGUCCUACGACAUAGUCAGCACCUCCGAAUGCAAUUCUAUCCUAUCUGCGUCAUCGGCGUCCAGUUACUCCAGCGCGGCUGUGGAUCACACACGCCAUGGACGAGGGAGAACCAACACAACACAACCGACUUUCUCUAAGUAG